AUGCAAUAAUUGUCUCUCAAUAACAUCCCUCAAAAUUUAUUCCCCUUGCCCAUUGUGAAAUCCCACUAUGAGAUUCAACAUCUCCAAGAACUCAGGAAUGAACAAGAAAAUCAAAUUUGGCAAGAUCACUCCAAAUUACUCAAAGAAAAAACUCCCAAUCGCAGAGAUUACUCCAUGUUAUAGAAGAAUAAAAGACAAUCGACAGUUACUCACGAUGUCAAAAAUAGUGUUCGAAAGAUUUCUGAAUACCAGAGUCAUUCAUAAGAUCAAAUACUCAAUUCUCAACAUUCUAUUCAUAACAACACAAUUGAUUGCUCUAUUAAUUAUAAAUAACUAAAUAAGCAUAUAAUAACUGAGUAGCAAUUCCAAAUAAAAUAAAAUCAAAUCUAACAAAUGAUCAGAGAAAAACUCUACACCUCCUAUUGCAAUUCAAUGAAAAAGCAUUCCAAAUUAAACGGCGUCUUAUUAUAAAAAAUUAGUGAAUUGGCCCCCUUCAUAUCUCAAGAUAAAAAUAUGCAUCAACCCCAAAUUAAAAGAAUGAAUCAAUUCUUGAAAUUUAGAUCUUAGUCAAUCCCUCUAAAUCCAAACAUUGAAUCCGUCUAAAAUAGUAUCUAAAGAAUACAAUCCUUACCCAGAAAUCAAGAUAACACUAGAUAGAGAACCGCAAACAAAUAAUCCACUCAAAGUCAAGUCAUCUGUCAAAAUAAGGAUGCAGACAGAAUUAUUCGAAAAUUAAACAGAAAAACUCAAAGGCUCUUAAAAGAAUCAUAUCCUGAAAUCGAUCCAACUCCCAUUGUAGAUUAUCAAAAGCAAAUCCUCAACCGUAUUGAACUCAGAAACUCUACAAAAAAGAAACUUAUAGAUAGCUUCUAAGAAAUUAUUGAUAAAUAUUGA